UCCUUCACCCCUCACAGAUAGAAAGAUAGAACCUCCGGAGAACCGACCUUCUCUUCCCUCCCACAAAGCUCACCAUGGCUCUCUUCCUCUCUCUCCUCCUCCUCUUCCUCUUCUCUCCUUCCUCUGCUUCUCCCAACAAUUCCCUGAGUUCAUCUCUAAGAAAGCAAGCUUCCAUCUUGGUUUCCCUCAAGCAGUCUUUCUACACUUCAGACUUGUUACUCGAGAGCUGGAACAUGUCAAACCAUGCAGCCCUUUGCUCGUGGGCUGGUGUCCGAUGCGACGACACCAAGCGUUUAGUGGUUGAGCUCAAUGUAUCCAACUCAAACAUCUCUGGUUUCAUCUCCCCAGCAAUAGCCGAGCUCAAGAGUCUUCGUUACCUGUCAGUCGCCAGUAACAGCCUCUCGGGGGAGUUCCCACCGAUCAUCACUAAGCUCUCGGGCCUCCAACAUCUCAACAUAUCCAACAACCUGUUUAAUGGCACCUUGGCGUGGAAAUUCUAUACAAUGGUGGAGCUAGAAGUGUUUGAUGCUUACAAUAAUGACUUCUCUGGCUUUCUUCCUCUUGGCCUUUCUAUGCUACCGAAGCUUCGGCACCUUGACCUUGGCGGAAAUUACUUCUCAGGAGCCAUCCCAGCGAGCUAUGGUGAUUUCAAGGGGCUGAGCUAUCUCUCGCUCGCCGGAAAUGAUCUGAGUGGGUUCAUACCCGUCGAGCUCGGUAAACUCGGUAGUCUAGAACAGCUCUACUUGGGUUACUACAACGAGUUCGAUGGCGGUAUCCCGGCCGAGCUCGGGACGUUGGCCAAUCUAGUCCAUCUUGAUCUCUCCAGCUGUGGCUUGGAGGGCGAGAUCCCACCCCAAUUGGGCAAUCUCAAGAAGCUGGACACCCUCUUCCUGCAUGCCAAUCAGCUCAUUGGCAUCAUUCCUCCCCAGUUAGGCAACUUGAGCAGUUUGAGAUACCUCGACAUCUCAAACAAUGCUCUCACCGGCGAGAUCCCAAAGAAGUUCUCCCAGCUCCGGGAGCUCGUCUUGCUGCAUAUGUUCAUGAACCGGCUUCAUGGAGAGAUCCCAGAGUUCAUGGCAGAGCUGCCCAAUUUGGAGACCUUGAUGCUCUGGCGGAACAAUUUCACCGGGACAAUCCCUCCUGAGCUCGGGAGGAACGGGAAGCUCCGAGAGCUCGACUUGUCUAGUAACAAGCUCACCGGAGUAGUCCCGAAAGCACUCUGUUUCGGUAGGAGGCUGGAGAUACUAAUUCUUCUCAACAACUUUCUCUUCGGUCCCUUACCGGAUGAUCUCGGUGAAUGCACUACACUCUCGAGGGUUCGUAUGGGUCAGAAUUACUUGAGUGGAUCCAUUCCUCGGGGGUUUCUCUACCUACCGGAGCUGUCACUGAUGGAAUUGCAGAACAAUUAUCUUACUGGAGUGAUAACAGAGGACCCAACAAAGAAGCCUGCCAAGCUAGGCCAGCUGAAUCUCUCGAACAACAGGUUGUUUGGGCCUAUUCCAUCAUCCAUCGGAAACUUCUCGGCGUUGCAGAUUCUUCUUCUUGGCGGUAACCAGUUCACGGGGCUGGUACCACCUCAGGUGGGCCUUCUGAAUCACAUGCUGAAGAUAGAUAUGAGCAGGAACAACUUCUCUGGCACAAUUCCUCCUGAGAUAGGGGAUUGCCUCCUGCUGACAUACUUGGACUUGAGCCAAAACCAGCUCAGUGGACCGAUCCCGGCUCAAAUCUCUCGAAUUCGCAUACUGAAUUAUCUCAACGUCUCAUGGAACCAUUUGAACCAGAGCAUUCCAAAGGAGAUUGGAAGCAUGAAGAGUCUUACUUCAGUAGACUUCUCGCACAAUGAUUUCUCCGGUAGAAUUCCGGAAACCGGGCAGUUUGCUUACUUCAAUGCCUCAUCUUAUCUUGGCAAUCCUCAGCUCUGUGGAUCUGUUUCGAAUCCUUGCAAUUUCACGUCGACGUCUCAGUUCCGAUCAGACCGACAUGUCGGUGCCAGAUCACAACUCCCUGGAAAAUUUAAGCUCCUCUUCGCGCUGGGCCUCUUAACAUGUUCUAUUGUUUUUGCCACAACGGUUGUCAUCAAGACCCGGUCGAUGAUAAGAAGGAACUCAAAGUCAUGGAAGCUCACAGCAUUCCAAAAGCUAGAGUUUGGGAGCGAAGACAUCGUAGAAUGCCUCAAAGAGAACUACAUUAUUGGGAGAGGAGGAGCUGGAAUUGUCUACAGAGGAACCAUGCCAAACGGGGAGCAGGUUGCAGUGAAGCGGUUGCUGGGGAUAACCAAAGGGUCUUCACAUGAUAAUGGAUUCUCUGCAGAGAUACAGACUUUGGGUAAGAUCAGGCAUCGGUAUAUCGUGAGGUUGCUCGCAUUCUGUACUAAUAAGGAGACUAAUUUGCUUGUCUACGAGUACAUGCGGAACGGAAGUUUGGGAGAAGUACUUCAUGGGAAGAGAGGAGGCUAUCUCAAUUGGCAGAUCAGGCUCAGGAUUGCAACUGAGGCAGCGAAGGGAUUAUGUUACUUGCACCAUGACUGCUGUCCUCCCAUACUUCACAGGGAUGUCAAGUCCAACAACAUUUUACUGGAUGCAGACUUUGAAGCUCAUGUCGCAGACUUCGGCCUGGCGAAAUAUUUGAGGGACACUGGAGCCUCCGAGUGCAUGUCAGCCAUCGCUGGUUCUUAUGGCUACAUUGCUCCAGAAUAUGCAUACACUCUGAAGGUUGAUGAGAAGAGCGAUGUUUAUAGCUUUGGAGUUGUUCUAUUAGAGCUGAUCACCGGUAGGCGACCGGUGGGUGACUUUGGGGAGGAAGGACUAGAUAUUGUCCAGUGGGCCAGGAUGAACACAAAUUGGAGCAAAGAAGGGGUGGUGAAGAUUUUAGACCCAAGGCUGAUCAAUGUUCCAUUGGAGGAGGCAAUGCAGGUGUUCUUUGUCGGGAUGCUCUGCAUCCAAGAGCAGAGUGUCGAGCGACCAACCAUGCGAGAGGUUGUCCAGAUGCUAGAGCAGACGAAGCAGUUUUUCGGGUUUCAGUCACGCUGAUCUUCUUCAAUGUUUUAGAAUCACUGCAAUUUUACAGAGAGCUUUCUCUUGGUGCAUGGUAGGGAUUAUAAUGGGGUAGGGUCCUCAGCUUGUUAGGGGUGUUUUUUGUCAAAUUAUAUGUGCAUGGCUUUUAGAUGGUUGUUAGCUAGUGUACGUAAUGGGUGCAGUAAUGUGUACGCUCUGUCUGCUAAUUUUAUAUGUUACCUGAUAAAAAUCUCUUUGAUAAAU